AUGUCUGACCACACAAAGACCAACCUGAUCACUCUCACCCGCCACGUCUUCCAGGACCAGGUUGAGAACUACAAGGAGGCCUCCGGAGACCUCACCCUCCUUCUCACCGCCAUCCAGCUCGGCUGCAAGUUCGUCGCCUCAAACGUCCGCAAGGCCAGCUUGAUCAGCAUGACCGGCUUGGCUAACUCGUCGAACGUCCAGGGUGAGGAGCAAAAGAAGCUGGAUGUCAUUGCCAACGAGAUCUUUGUCAACGCCCUCCGCUCAUCUGGCAAGGUCGCCGUCAUGGUCUCUGAGGAGGACGAGGAGGCGAUUUUUGUCGAGUCCCAGUAUCAGGGCAAGUACUGCGUUGUCUUUGAUCCUCUCGACGGAAGCUCCAACAUCGAUUGCGGUGUCUCUAUCGGAACCAUCUUUGGUAUCUACAAAGUCAAGGAGGACUCGACUGGUAAGCUUUCCGACGUUCUCCGCCCCGGCUCCGAGAUGGUUGCUGCUGGAUACUGUACUUAUGGUUCUUGCUCGACUUUGGUCUUGACCACUGGCCAGGGCGUCAACGGAUACACCCUCGACACCGAGAUCGGAGAGUUCAUCCUCACCCACCCCGAUAUCCAAAUCCCUUCGCGUGGAAAGAUCUACGCCGUCAACGAAGGUAACUCCAAGUACUGGGAUGGUGCCUGCACAAAGUACUUCCACUCGCUCAAGUUCCCUGCAGACCCCAAGAAGUCGCCCUACUCUGCUCGUUAUGUCGGUUCAAUGGUCGCUGAUGUCCACCGCACAAUGCUCUACGGAGGCAUCUUCUGCUACCCCGCUGACAGCAAGUCCAAGCACGGAAAGCUCCGCAUCCUGUACGAGUGCUUCCCCAUGGCGUUCUUGGUCGAGCAGGCUGGUGGCCGUGCGACGACUGGUCGCAAGAGAAUGUUGGAUGUCCAGCCAGAGACCAUUCAUUCUCGGUCGCCCAUCUUUCUCGGAUCCAAGGAGGAUGUUCAGGACCUUGAAGCCUUCUACAAGGCCGAGCUUUAA